CAAGAAUGGAGGUGUGUGUGUGAAGAAUGUAAUGUUGAUGCAGAGACCGAAUAGACACAUAUAUCCUAGAGAAGAAACGGGGUCAGUGGCAGGCAAAAGGAGGACACCUCUAAGUCAUAUCUUCGACUCUCGCCCUCCUCCGGUGACUCCCAUGUCUCUCUCCGGGGUGGGUUUAACCCAAAAAAUCCGCCAUCCAACAAUGGGCUGUGAGAGAUCGGUUCAACUCGGAGAAUCCCCUUGCAGCUGUUCAGAGAGCCGAGGAUAGGACCAAGACAUCGGACCGAGUCAAUGAGGGUGGCUUGUCCGCUUUAGUCCUGCGUCUCUCGGCCCGGUGUCUGGCAGCCAGCCGCGCACUGCGCGUAAAUGCGGUCGGAGUAGAGAAGACAGGCCUCCGAUGAACACUUUAAAUGUUGAAAUUCAGUCUUUGGCAGCCAUCGUGGUAGUGAAUCGAUUUCCUUAUAGUUCCGCUGAGCGGAUGGAGUGAAUUGAGCAAAAGGGGGGAGAGAUAGACUGCAGCUUGGUUGCGUGUGAUGAUAGGAGACACAAUGACGCUCUUGUCUCUUCUGGGUCGGAUCAUGCGCUAUUUUCUCCUCAGGCCUGAGACAUUGUUUCUGUUGUGCAUAAGCCUGGCGCUGUGGAGUUAUUUCUUUCACACUGACGAGGUGAAAACCAUCGUCAAGUCCAGUCGGGAUGCCGUGAAAAUGGUGAAGGGGAAAGUGGCGGAGAUGAUGCAGAAUGACCGGCUGGGAGGCCUCAGUGUCCUGGACGCAGAGUUCUCCAAGACCUGGGAGUUCAAGAAUAACAACGUAGCCGUGUACUCCAUACAGGGGAGACGAGACCACAUGGAGGACCGGUUCGAGGUGCUCACCGACAUCACCAACAAGACGCAUCCGUCCAUAUUCGGGAUAUUUGACGGUCACGGUGGAGAGGCUGCAGCUGACUAUGUGAAGGCCCACCUGCCAGAAACCCUGAGGCAGCAGCUGCAGUCCUUUGAGAGAGAGAAGAGAGAGAGCGCUCUCUCUUAUGCCAGCAUCCUCGAGCAGCGCAUCCUGACUGUGGAUCGUGAGAUGCUGGACAAGCUCUCUGCCAACCAUGAUGAAGCAGGAACUACAUGCCUAGUAGCGCUGCUGUCGGACAGAGAACUCACAGUGGCUAACGUCGGAGACUCUCGUGGUGUGUUGUGUGACAAAGAUGGGAACGCUGUUGCACUAUCACAUGACCACAAGCCGUACCAGCUCAAAGAGCGCAAGAGGAUCAAGAGGGCAGGAGGUUUCAUCAGUUUUAAUGGAUCCUGGAGAGUCCAGGGAAUCCUGGCUAUGUCCCGCUCUUUAGGGGAUUACCCACUGAAGAACCUCAACGUAGUCAUCCCCGACCCUGAUAUCAUGACCUUCGACCUGGACAAACUGCAGCCAGAGUUCAUGAUCCUGGCGUCGGAUGGCCUGUGGGACGCUUUCAGCAACGAGGAGGCCGUCCGGUUCGUCCGCGAGCGUCUGGACGAGCCUCACUUCGGCGCCAAGAGCAUCGUCCUCCAGUCUUUCUACCGCGGCUGCCCCGACAACAUCACCGUCAUGGUGGUGAAGUUCAAAAGUGGGGCUGGGGGUAGUAGCAAGGCCGGGUAGUAGGUGAGGGUCAAGUUUAGAGCUCACAUUGUGAUCAAUAUUUUCUAUGAUUUUACCCAUCUUCUGGAUGGAGCCGCACACAGGAGUGACUGGAGGAAGUUAAAGUUUGGACACUGAGAAUGGUACUUUUGACAGGUUCACACACAUACAGACACACACACACACACACACACACACACACACACACACACACACACACACACACACACACACACACACACACACACACAAACACACACGGAAAUGGGUUUUGUUUUGUUUCUGAUUGAGAUAAGGGCAUUUAAACACAAUACGUAUCUCAUAAACAUCUGCCAACUUAAUGAUGAAUGGAGUGGAGAUGCAUAAAUGCAAGACAAACACACACCAAACAGGGGAUUUUCUCUUAACCUGCACAGACUAGACUGUGACUGAUUUAUUACUGUUUACUGUACAUGCACGUGAAUGGUACAGCUCCACUGGAGACUUCUUCAGAGGAGGCUUCAACUAGUGCCUACUCAAAAAUUACUGUGCAACUACAGGAAGCUACUGAAAAUGUAUUUGUGAAAACUCCACCAUAUUUGCUGCAUUUUGAUGAUGCUCUCAAGUAACUUAUAUGCAUCUGUUACAUUUUUUGACCGGGAAUAUUCUGUCAAAUAUUUAGAAAAAAAAAGACUCCAGUGGAUCCAUACCUUUUAUUUAACUUGAGGUGAUGCUACACCUAAAAUCUAACUUUUGAGUAUCAAAUACAUCAGCAAGCAGUUGUCACAGUGGAAAAAAGAAGUAGCAUAAAUAGUUUAACAGCAAGAGCGCUGAUUGGCCAACUGCUAUGUGAUUCUGACCAAUCACAGCUCCCAGCUACUACCGCUUCGUAGGUUCAUUGAUUUCUUAGGUUGCACACUGCUACCAACACAUCUUUAAAUUAAAGAGUUUUACAAGCUAACACAAAAUGGAAACUGUAAAUGUUUUAAGCAGGAAACACAAAAGUACAUUUUAAAUGUAAUGCUGUGAUUCCACUUUGAAUUGCAAUUACGCAUUCAUCGUUUAAGAUGGAAUAAGAACAUUUGUAAUUGGCUAAUUUAAUGAUAUUUAUUGUUUUUACAGCUUAAUUUUAAUGUAGAUUUAAUUGAUCAACUUAUAAUAACUUUCUUUUUUAAGGAUGACCAAUUUAUUAUUUUUUAUUGUCCAUAAUAACUUUAGUGACCUACAUUGUUAAAUACAUGAUUCUACUUACUUGUUCAUACAUAUGCUCAGUAUGUUCCAAAGACAUUUUUGCCAACAUAUGGCUAAAUAAACUGUCUUAAGACUGUAACCAGUAAACGACAUUAGGAAUUUGAACCAAAUUGAAUAAGCUGGAGGUGGGUUCCUCAGGUUAGCCAGUGAGCCACGAUAGAGUAGUCUAAGAAAUUUCUAUGGAUAUUUAUUCAUUUUUGGAGAGAAUGGUCAUUAUUGAAAUACUUUGUAACCAUCCAAACUGACUACAGCCACUCUUGUCUUUGAAGGCUGAAACUGUAAAAUUUCACAGCCACUUUUCAAGUGUACAGAAACUUAGUGAUACUCAGUAGAUAGAUUUUAGGUGGAGUCUUACUUUAACAUACAACACAUGCACACAUACACACAACCAGUUAUGAAAAAUGCACUUUUCAGAUGUUUAUUUUUUUGGAAUGGUAAAUUCUUACAUAUCAGCCUCUCUGUAAACUCUGUAUAUUCUCAGUAAUACCAGAGAGUUUUAAUGUGUGUAGAACCUGAUUUAGUUCCUGACCUUUACAUCUUGGUACUGCAAUUUUAUGGAGCUAAUGUAAAUUGUUCCUUCAGAGUUGUUUUACACCAUCUGUAUCAGGGCAUGUGCUUUGGCUUAUCCGUGUUCAUGAACAAAGUACGUAUGGUAUGUUCCAUGGACACACUGGUGGCUGCCUUUGACCUGGUAAAGCACACAAAACCGGAGGUGCAAAAAGACUUGCACGCCGCUGCUGCCAUGACAAGCUAAAAGAUGACACAACGUAAACUGUACAGCCGCAGCCUAAAUGCAAGUAGCUAGUAAUAUGAUAUGCCCGUGAAGCAAUACAACUGGUGUCAUUGACAGCAACAACCUGUCAAGGAAAGUUACAGUAAACCAUACUUGAUUUACUACUGUUUUAUGUUCAACUACUUUUUACCACUGUGUUUCAUGAUCUUUGCAUCAGUUGACAAAAGCCUUUUUUUUAUUUAACAGUUUACCUAAUGCCUUAUUUAUUGUUGAGUUUUUGGACGUGUCUGGCAGAUUUGCCAAAUCAGUAUAUUCUUUUUUGGUUGUUUUUUUGUCCUUCUGUAGAUGAGCAGAAGUUUGCAAUGAAUGAGAUACCCAUCACUUUGAUUAGAGAAGCAGAUUCACACAUGUUGAGCUGAUGCUCAGUGUAAAAAGAAAAACAGGAGUGUAAAAAAAAUAGAUUCUGUAUGUAAACUAUCAGUAUUAAACAAAACUCUUUCAUCUUAAAAGAA